AUGAGCGAGGUAAAUAAAAAAGAGAUUGAAAGGCUAUUAGACAGCUUUGACUAAAGAUAAUAAUAGAAUAAGACUUUUUAAAAGGUAGACUUCAAACCUGAAAUGUAUCAUAGAAGACACCAAAGCACAAAUCUAUCUAAAGUAGGAUCACCAGGAAAAGUCACAUCUCCUCUGAAUAAAACAAUGGACGGUUUCUCAAUUAAUGGGAGACACCCCUAAUACUCACAUUAGCAAAUGAUGGAUGCCUUAAGGCCAAUAAAUUUGGAGGGUUGCAUUCCUGUGGAUGAUCAAUAUCUAACUGAAACAAAAAAAGAGUUUAGCACUCUUAUUAAGAAUAUCAAGUACAAAUCAAGGUAUGAAGACUUAUUAGCAAACAAACACCCUAGUAAUGAAGAAUAAGUAGUGCUCAAGAACUAACAGAAUCAGGCGGCGUUAGAUGUAACCUAAACUAGAAGAAUGCUAGAAAUUUUCAAUGCAAUUAAUAUUAAUAGAGGACUCAAUAAGGAAAUCAUCAACAAUCAUAAUUCGCUUAGGGACAAGCUAGACAAACUCAUUCAUUAUAAGGAUCCUAUGACUGGUGAAAAGUCAUUGCAAAGCACCUAAUUAGAAUGGACACCUUGCCGCUAUUCUAACAUCGGUUGGAAAUACUAAUAUUCUGGUACAAAGCAGAGUCAUCUUAAUCACCCCAACAAGAAUAAUGCGUUGGGCUUUCAUCAAAGUAGAUCAGGAGAUUCAAAUAACAUAACUAUGUCAUCUAUUAAUAAUAGCAUGUAGAAUCGAACUCAGCAAAAUUAUUUUAACACCAGCUACAAAGAUUAAUUUCAAAAUCGAGCUGCAAUGAGCCAAAAUAUGAACAACACAGCUUCUCCUGAGGUCGUUAAAUAGCUUAAGUUUAAUAUGGAAUACUCCAAUCCACCUCUCCCUUAUAUCUAGGUUGCUCGUCAAGCUAUCAAGACUAACAACACUAAUGAGCACAAUAAUUCAAGCAAUUUGGAUCAAUCAAGGGGUUCAGCAGGUAAUAGUUACUAGUCUCCAAGAAAAGAAUCAAAACCUAAAAAUAAUGUCUCAACACUGGAUGGAAUAUUCCCAUCAGAAGUUAAGAGACCUCUCAGAGUAGAGGAUCAUUAAAUUUCAUUAUGGGCUGGAAUGAAGUUAAAGGAUGGUACUGUUGACAACUUUGGCAAGAAAAGAGAUGUUACUACAGACUGGGAGGCAGUCUAUUAUAAAACUGGAUUAUUUAAACAUAUUAAGUGA